AUGAGUCAACUUUCGAUCCUACUCUUUUCAAUAGUGGCCGUUGCAGCCAAUGUAUGCCAGAACGAUGUCCAGACUGCAGGAUCUCCUCUCUCUGGAAGUUUCGGAAUUGGAGGAGCUACUAUAACCUAUUUUUAUGAUAUUUUUGAAGACCAGACUAAUGAAUUACUCUAUUUUAUUGGAUAUUUUGGUUCAUCUUCUCCAUAUAACACUAUUAUCUACAAGUCAAACCCUGAACUGGCUAAAGUUCAAGUGAUGACUUAUGAUAUCUACUGAAAUGAGAUUUCCUAUGCCAUGUCUCCGAACAAGGACUUCAUCUAUAUCCAGGACUUGACAACUGGAAAGGUAUUUGAAAUCAGGGCUUCAGAUCUGAUUAUCUCCAGGGAGUUGGAAGUUAGCUCUGCCUCAGUUUCUCUCAGUUGUAACAUGGAAGCAAAUAAAGGCUUCUAUUUCAGCUUUAUCAUCAGCUCGAUCAUUCACACUUGUAGAUGGGAUAUGUCAACUACAAAUCUUGAUUGAUUCACUUUCGGAGUCAACAAGCAUACCGACUUCGUUUCAGUCAGUAAAGAAUUAUUGUUCUUUGGGUCAAUUGACAUAACAGCUGACCAGUACUACCUGGUGAACUUCAACUUCUCCUCCUCAAGCCUGGUCUGGAAGAAGAGCAUUGCCUGCCCCACUUCAGGCUGAGUGAGCAAACACAGCACCUCCUUGCUGAGCAGAGAUGAAGAGUGGGUCUACAUAAUGGUGGUGUACGAUACCAACUUCAUUUUUCACAAGCUCAGCAUAGCAGAUGGGAGUCCCCAAAGCUCAGGGCUGAUUUGGAAUGAUAGCGGGUAUAGUAAUAGUUACUCAAUGGAAGAGUUUGAUGCUUUCAUUGCUAUUCAAAUUCGAAGUACCUCUUUAUCAAACCUGAAAAGGUUAAUUCUGGUUACUCCUUCUACUACAGAAAUUGUGAAAGAAUACAAGUCAGUAGACUCGUCAGCUUUUGCAGUUGGAAAGUUAUUAUACAAAGGUGAAGAGCUAAUGUAUCAUUCUGGAAGAAUAAGCACUAAUGACACAUUUUUCUUUGCAAGAUCACUCACAAACAACAUCGACCAGCUUUCUGAAUUUGAAGAAGACACUCCUCUGUUCAGCCCUAUUACCACUAACUAUCAGGUGCUGUCAACAAUAUCAAACCCAAGCAUCACCACAAGUGCAAAAAUCCUCUCUGUUUCAACCUCUUCGUCCAUCACGACCACCAACAUCACAUCUUCAACCAAUCCUUCGUUCACCAGAUAUGUGGCUUUGUGGAAUCAAGAUAACUUCCAGACUGUCCAAAGCAACUCAUCGGUGAAAUUAGAAUUCAUUUGGGCCUGAGCUCAAUCAGCGAAUUACACUGCCAUUAGCUUCAGUCUAGUUCAAACUGGUUCCAAUGCUAUUCCUGAGUGGGUAAAGCUGGACUCAGACAAUAGAGAGCUUCAACUUAACACCACUCCAAAGUUGGGUGCAAAAGAAGUCUUCUUCUUUUCUCUGCAGAUCUCGUUUAAUAGUGAAGUGCAUUAUAAGAAGUUUGAAAUCACUGUAGAGGAGUGAUCUAUCCAGAACUGCGAACUAUGAACACUGGGCAACCCCAGUAUUUGAGAGGCCUGAAUUGAUGGCUACCAAAGCUCUGAUGAGCAGAAAUCCUGCUCCAAAAUAGGGGCAGUGGCUGGAGUAACAGAAGCAGCUGCUGCUUUGGUGACAUCAAGUGUCAUACUUGCAAGUGCAUCAUCUCUCCUAUCAUUAUCAUCUAUCAAUUCAAUCUUUAGUGUCAUGAACAGUCUGCAACUUGCAAUUCUGCUGCCUCUGGUUCCUGACUACUUUUCACUCAAAGUGUUAGAUUUCUUGAGUGGAAUGGGGUUCACAAUGCUCUCGUUCGACUUCAUCAAGUUUAAGGAUCUUCCAUUUGUGGAAGAUCUUACAGAUUGGGUGUCAUACCCCCAAUCCGAUGAGUACUUGAACAGCAUUGGAAUGAGGUCCGGGAGUUCAGUUGUUAAUUAUUUAUCACUAAUGGUUAUUCUCAUUCUUGUUGGAAUCAUUAAUUUUGGAAUCUUUCUGUGUAAAAUAUGAACAGAGAACUCAAAACACAGAAGAUGUAAGAAAUUUUUCAAUAAGCUGUUCAAGCUGCUAACUUUUAAUAUCUAUAUUAGAAUAUUCAUGCAGGCAUUUGUGUUCACAACUCUCUCCAUAUUCUCUGAACUUUAUAACCUAAAUCUUACUACAACUGUGACAAAAAUAUCCUUGGGUUUGUGAGUAAUUUUUGCUAUCUGUACAAGUGUGUUGUUUAUUUUGUCAUUUAUAAUGUACUGAACAUCAUUUCCUCAGCUUGAUAAAGACAAGUAUUGGACAUGAAUCGAAUACUUUAAUGGAAUCAAGCCAACUAAAUGCUCCAAACUCUAUUCUAGUCUGUUUAUGCUGGUGAGAUUAUCGAUGACGUCAUUACUUAUAUUUGGCCAAACUGCCCGUUCAUAUGAAAAAGCCAUCUACUUUUACUUGCUGAACAUUGCUUACUGAAUUUAUUUGAUAAUUGUCAGACCAUUUGAGAAUCCACAGGACGAUAUCAUUGAGAUUAUUAACCAAACACUAUUUUGCUGUCUGACAGUCCCGUUAUCAUGGCUUAAUACAAAACAAGCCUGGACCCCAUUCUAUGAAAGCUAUUACACAACAAUACUCAUGGUGUCUCCAACUAUUGGAAGCUUAAUAUGCCUUGGUUUCUUGAUUAAAUCAAUAGUGGUAUAUAUAAAAAACAGGAAAGCCAAGAAGAAAAAGCAAAAUGUAGCUCCCAAAGAGAGUUCCUCUCGUAAUAGAGCACCCCAGAACCAAGAAUAUCCUCGGCCAAGGCCCUCCCCUUACAUCAACAACCAGACCUCUAGCAUGAGCAGAAGCAAUGCUUUAAUUGUACCUCCUCGCGCUACUCAAAGAAGACCUUAUGACAGAUAUCAUCCUGGCAGAAUUCCAAUGAGAAGGAAACUGAAUUAACACAGAUAAUUAUUUUAACAAUCUCUCAACUGU